AUGACAGACGCUGGCAGGUGUAUCGACAAUGAUGACCUGGGUGACUUUAUAGCGUCGCUGGAAGACUAUCAAACAGCGAUCCCGGACCCGCUCGUCCAACACUUUCUCAACAAAGCCGGGUUCCAAACGGACGAUCCUCGCGUCAUUCGACUGGUAGCGCUGGCUGCGCAAAAGUUCGUAGCAGAUGUUGCACACGAGGCACUGACACAGCGCCGUAUUCACCGCGAGUCGCAACACAAGGGCUCGAGCUCCACAGAGGAUGACAAAGUUGUGCUCACCAAAGAGGACCUCAAGUGGGCGUUGCAGGAGUUUGGUAUUCGACUGGCACGAACAGAGUACUUUGCGGAUAAUGUGAGCACCACCACUACCACCACUGCCACUGCUAGUGGUACUGGCGGUGGCGGCACUGCUGCUGGCGGUGGUGCCAGUGGCAGCUGA